AUGCAGAUUACGGCGUCACUGACUCGCGCCCUCUCCUCAGGGUUGACUAUCUAUAGUAUUCUCACGGGCAAGGCGUCUGCACUCCCUGGAAGAACCUGGAAUACACGAGACGACGUGCCUCUUGAUUCGACCGCGCGCAGCUGGAACUACGCCAUCCCAAGCCACGACCAGAAUGGCCCUGUUCGUGCACGCUUCGACAUUCCUACGACGGGGUCGAAACUAGAUACCCAGGCACUACUCACUCUCGACGCGCCCCAGAUUAGCGCUAUCAAUGAGUCCGUGUUUGACUGGUGGUACUUUGAUGCCGUCUCGGCAAAUGACUCGCGCGAGUCGUUGACUGUCACGUUCUUCACGGCGACGGCUGCUGCGUUUCCCUGGCUUCCGACGAACGAGUCUUCGGUGUUGAUUGCGUAUAUCUGGGCCUCGUUUGCUAAUGGGACGGUUUUUCAAGAAUACGUGCCGGCGACCAUUGCUACGGUUGUGGGUGGCGAGGGGGCGAGCUCGCCUAGUGCGGGCAAUUGGUCGUCGACUGGGUUUAGCUGGGCUGCUCUCAAGGGUGAUUUAUCUGAGUAUGAAAUAGUAAUUUCCUCCGAAAAGCUUCAGGUAAAAGGGCGACUUGGGUUGACCUCGACAGUGGGGCCUCAUUUACCUUGUAGAAUUACAUCCGAAACGACAUCUUUGGAGAUUGCUCCCCAUAUCGGAUGGGUUGCAUUGAAGCCUGAUGCAGUAGGUCAGGUCGAUAUCAAUGUGAAGGGCUCCCGUCUACAAUUCCAAGGACCGGCGUAUCAUGACAAGAACUGGUCAGAUCGACCAUUUGCAGACUCCGUUCAGAGCUGGUACUGGGGUCACGGCCAGGUCGGUCCGUAUUCGGUGGUCUGGUUUAGUUAUUUGGCACUCGAUAAUCCGUUUGAGACGACCUACGUUAGCAGCUAUGUUGCACGUGAUGGUGAUGUGCUGGUUUCAUCUUGCAUUUCGAGUAUCCUCACUGUUCGCCCUAUAGGGAGCUCCGAAACUGGUGCGCGCUAUCCACCACGGGCGGGCGAUGUACCGGAUGGAUUCCAUCUGGAGUUUGACCUCGGCAACGAGGGUUGGCUGAAAGCCAACGUCUCCGGGACGCGCAUCGCAGGGGAUGGCAAGUACUAUUUCAGAUGGGCAGGAACUAUGACCGGCGAAGUCGGUCAGUCUGGAGCUGACCAGAAUGAUGAUACUAAUGCCUCUGGGGGCUCGACAAAGACGGUGCGCGCUGCAGAGUCUGGGUUGACUGGUAGUGCGAUUUUUGAACAAUUUGUUCUCGCGGAAUAA